AUGAAAAUACCCAUACGAAAAAAAAACCCAUUAUUAAAAAUUAUUAAUAAUUCAUUAAUUACAUUCCCAACCCCAUCAAAUAUUUCAUACAUAUGAAAUUUUGGAUCUUUACUAGGAAUCUGUUUAAUAAUUCAAAUUUUUACAGGAUUAUUUUUAGCAAUACACUACUGUCCUAAUAUUGAACUAGCCUUUAAUAGAGUUGCUCAUAUUUGUCGUGAUGUCAAUUAUGGUUGAUUAUUACGAACUCUCCAUGCAAAUGGGGCUUCUUUUUUUUUUAUUUGUUUAUAUAUUCAUAUUGGUCGAGGAAUUUAUUAUAGAUCGUAUAAUAUAAUAGAAACAUGAAUAAUUGGAGUAACAAUUUUUUUUUUAACAAUAGCAACUGCCUUUUUAGGAUAUGUUCUACCUUGAGGUCAAAUAUCUUUUUGAGGUGCCACUGUUAUUACUAAUCUAAUAUCUGCAAUUCCUUACUUAGGUAAUAUAUUAGUACAAUGGAUUUGAGGAGGAUUCGCAGUUGAUAAUGCAACUCUAACACGAUUUUUUACAUUUCAUUUUAUUUUACCAUUUAUUAUUUUUGCUUUUAUAAUUAUUCACUUAUUAUAUCUACAUCAAACAGGAUCUAGAAAUCCUAUUGGUACUAAUAGUAAUAUUGAUAAAAUCCCUUUUCAUCCUUAUUUUAUCUUUAAAGAUAUUCUAGGUGCUCUAAUUAUAAUUUUUUUAUUAAUCUUUUUAACUUUAAGAAAUCCUUAUUUACUUGGAGAUCCUGAUAAUUUUACCCCUGCUAACCCACUAGUAACACCAAUUCAUAUUCAACCUGAAUGAUAUUUUUUAUUUGCUUAUGCUAUUUUACGAUCAAUUCCUAAUAAAUUAGGGGGAGUAAUUGCAUUAGUAAUAUCAAUCGCUAUUUUAUACUUACUUCCAUUUAUUAAUAAUAAAAAAUUCUUAAGAUCACAAUUUUAUCCAUUAAAUAAAUUUUUAUUUUGAACAUUAGUAUCUAUUAUUAUUUUAUUAACAUGAAUUGGAGCUCGACCAGUUGAAGAUCCUUAUAUUUUAACAGGUCAAAUUCUUACAAUAAUUUAUUUCCUUUAUUAUUUAAUUAAUCCUAUUACUUCAUAUUUUUGAGAUUUAAUUAUUUUUAAAUAG